AUGCCAACGAACACAGCUGCAUGGCUGAUGGCUGCCAAAACUCACCCGUUUAGCAUUCGGGAAUCUUCACUCAGCUCUCCAGAAGAGAAUCAGAUACUCAUAAAGAAUCACGCGAUCGCGAUCAACCCUGUUGACGGAAAAAUUCAAGCUCUUGCAUUAUUCCCACUCACAUACCCUACAAUUCUUGGCCAAGACGUAGCUGGCGAGGUUGUAGCCGUUGGAUCUAAAGUUACACGCUUCGCCAUUGGAGACCGGGUGAUUGGCUGCGCCGCCGGAUUUGCCACAAAGAACGAGGCAGAGAAGGCUUUUCAAACGUAUACUAUCCUCAGGGACAAUAUGAGUAGCCCUAUUCCGGCCCACCUGCUCUAUGAGCAAGCCGUAGUACUUCCACUAGGGGUAUCUACGGCGGCUUGUGGGUUAUUUCAUUUCGACUACCUUGGCCUGGAUCUACCAAAAUUUCCGGCUCAGACACAAACCGGCAAGACUAUCCUCGUAUGGGGUGGAGCCUCAAGUGUUGGUAGCAAUGCGAUUCAGCUUGCCAGAGCAGCUGGUUACGACGUCAUAACCACGGCGUCUCCAAAAAAUUUCGCGUUUGUCAAAAAUCUAGGUGCAAGAGUAGUUCUCGAUUACAACGAUUCAAAUGUUGUGCCGGACACAAUCGAAGUCCUGAAAGAAACGGAGUUCGCAGGCGUUUUCGAUGCCAUUGGGGGGCGCUCUUGGAUUCCCCUCCUCGAGAUUGUGGCCAAAAUUUCGGCAGGUAAUAGAUUCAUUGCGACAGUAAUUUCCGGCUGGCCAAAAGAUCUGCCGGAGAGUGUCACAAUAAAGCAAGUACAGGCGUUGUACAUCAUGGACGAACAUGUUGGAAAAGCUCUUUGGGAAGGGUUUCUGCCAUCAGCACUUGAGGCUGGCUUGUAUUUAGCAGCUCCCGUGCCUUUGCUUGCUGGCAAUGGAAUAGAGUGCCUGCAGGCUGCGGUUGAUCUGCAGCGUCAAGGAACAUCAGCUAAGAAGGUGGUCGUGACGCUUGAAUGAGUCGUGGAUGCUGAGCACAAUUCCUGUGUCAUCAAUUUGAGCUCGAGAAAGAUUUAUGAAACCUUGUGGAGUGUGCAUUAAUCUGCUCAGACAUACUCGCUGGAAAGAGUGACCGAUAGCUAUUAGUAAACAAGGAAGAAGUGCGCGAAGAAAGACUGCAAUUUUGUCCAAUAGUCACAGAACAGGCGUGUUUUAUUUCGCUAUUUUCAAAUCUACUUCACUGUGGACUGCAUUCAA